AUGACACUGUCAUAUAAAAUAAUUCAUUGUUUAAUUUUAUUUCAGGACUCUGAGUUUGAUCCCAUGAAAUUUGCUAGCACCAUUGAAUGUGAAGAACCCAAUAAUGAUAUACGUAGGUUUCGAGGCUUCAUUGUGCAUAAGAAUGGGAAAAAAGUUCCAUUGUGUAAAGAAAACCUUUUGUUACGAGGAUGCACUAUUAGAAAUACAGAAGAAGUCUCUGGAAUUGUGAUCUAUGCAGGUCAUGAGACAAAAGCCUUGUUAAAUAACAGUGGGCCACGUUACAAACGCAGUAAGCUUGAAAGACAAAUGAAUUGCGAUGUUCUUUGGUGUGUCCUCAUACUUAUCACAAUGUGUUUGUUUUCUGCUGUUGGGCAUGGAAUCUGGGUCUGGCAGUAUGAUGACAAAAAGAAACCUGCCUUUGAUGUCCCAGGUCCUGAUGGAAAGUAUUGGCCUCCAGCUCAAGCUGCGUUUUAUUUAUUUUUGACAAUGAUUAUAGUCCUUCAGGUUCUCAUUCCAAUUUCCUUAUAUGUCUCCAUUGAAAUUGUUAAAAUAUGCCAAGUUUAUUUUAUUCAUCAAGAUAAGGAUUUAUUUGAUGAAGAGACAGACUUUCAGCUACAAUGUCGAGCUUUGAAUAUCACAGAAGAUUUAGGGCAGAUUCAAUAUAUAUUUUCUGACAAGACUGGAACUCUCACUGAGAAUAAAAUGGUUUUCCGGAGGUGUACAGUUUCUGGCAUAGAAUAUUCCCAUGAUGCUAAUGCAAAGCGUUUAGCUAUGUACCAGGAAGCUGAUUCAGAAGAUGAAGAAACCUCACCUAAAGUGGGGACAUUGUCUCAGCGGGAUAGUAUUAGUAGUCACCAGAGCAUCAAAGUCACCUUCAGAAACCAGAGUGUAAAAUCUCAUAGACGAACAGGAAGCAGAGCAGAAGCCAAAAGAGCAAGUAUUCUUUCAAAGCAUACAGCUUUCAGUAGCCCAAUGGAAAAAGAUAUCACACCUGAUCCUAAUUUGCUACAGAAAGUAAAAGAAUGUGCAAAGUACCUGAGAAAUCCCGAUCAACCAUUAUCCCAACUGUCCCCUGAACUUUCAGACAUCUUUGAUUUUUUCAUAGCUUUGACAAUCUGCAAUACAGUGGUGGUUACAUCUCCAAAUCAACCACGACAAAAGGUCAGAAUCAGAUUUGAAAUGAAGUCUCCAGUAAAGACAAUUGAAGAUUUUAUUCGGAAAUUCACCCCCAGCCGACUGACCUCUGGAUCAAACAGUAGUAGCUCUUCAAGCCUGGCAACCAGCAAAUCAAGCCAACGAGCUAGCUCAGGUGUUCUUUCCCCAGGGUCUGCAGAGUGCACUUUAUUAAAACUAGAAAAGUUCUCCAACUCUUCCCAGAUGAAUAACAAUGGUUACAAUUCCCAGCAAGCCAGCUGGACCUCAGAAACUGGGGCAGAAGAGGGAGAAUUGCGCUAUGAAGCUGAGAGCCCUGAUGAGGCUGCCCUUGUCUAUGCAUCCAAGGCAUAUGAGUGUGCUUUAGUUGGCAGGCUGCCUGACCAGGUGUCAAUCGAGUUACCUCACCUAGGAAGGCUCACCUUUGAAGUUCUACACAUCCUGGGCUUUGACUCCAUCCGGAAAAGAAUGUCAGUGGUUGUCAGACAUCCUCUUACAAAUGAAAUAAAUGUUUACACUAAAGGAGCAGAUUCUGUAAUCAUGGACCUCCUUCUGCCCUAUUCAUCAGAUGACGCCCGAAACAGGCAUCAAAAGAAAAUCCGAAGCAAAACUCAAAGGUUUCUUAACUUGUAUGCUGCUGAUGGUCUGAGGACAUUAUGCAUUGCAAAAAAAGUGCUGAGCAAUGAGGAUUAUUCUUGCUGGUUAAAAAGUCACAUUGAAGCAGAAUCUUCUAUUGAAAACCGUGAAGAGUUGCUGUUCCAGUCUGCCAGCCGUAUAGAGACAAAUCUUCACCUGCUAGGUGCAACUGGCAUUGAAGAUCGUUUGCAGGAUGGAGUCCCAGAAACCAUCAUAAAUCUGCGCAAGGCUGGCCUUCAGAUAUGGGUUCUAACUGGAGAUAAACAAGAAACUGCUAUUAAUAUUGCUUAUGCCUGCAAGUUAUUGGAUCAUGAUGAAGAGAUCAUUACUCUGAAUGCUGAUUCCGUGGAAAUGUGUGCUGCAAUGCUGGAACAACACUUGAAUUGGGUAGAUUCUAAAUUUUACAGUGAAACAACAAAGAACUUUCUUCAGAAAACAAAAGGAGAAUUUACCCCCUUCUCUGUGUCAUCAUCACUGAGCCAGCCCAACCUGGGUUUAGUCAUUGAUGGGAGGACCCUGGCUUAUGCUCUGGACAAAGGCCUGGAAGACAAAUUUCUUUCAUUAGCCGGAAAGUGUCGCUGUGUGCUGUGCUGCCGAUCUACUCCAAUUCAAAAAGGGAUGGUUGUCAAACUGAUCAGAGAUAAACUGAAGACAAUGACUUUGGCCAUAGGUGAUGGGGCUAAUGAUGUCAGUAUGAUUCAAGUGGCUGAUAUUGGUGUGGGGAUUUCUGGUCCAGAAGGCAUGCAGGCUGUGAUGGCGAGUGACUUUGCAGUUCCAAAAUUCCGAUAUUUAGAGAAACUCCUUCUUGUGCAUGGCCACUGGUGUUACUCCCGACUUGCCAACAUGGUGUUGUAUUUUUUAUACAAAAACGCAGUAAGUAUAAUAGUUUGUAGUUAUCUUUGUUCCUGUAUCUUAUUUCUGGAUUGCAACAAGCUGAAAAGGCUGCCUGUGAUGCUUUCCUUUUGAUCUCAAUUCGUAAUUACAUAGCACCUCUUCAGAACCUUAAACAUUCAAUAUGCAUUCCAGUUAAGACACUUCAGAAGAAGAAUUUGAAUAAGAUUGC